CCAAUCCCCAAAAAAGCGAGUAAUUCCAUUGGCUGAGUCCUCGACGUAUAGGACAGAGAGACGACGAGCAAAAAAAAUCAACUGUCAUUCCAGUCAGCUGUGAGAGGGGGCUGAGGAGUGUCCUGCAGAAUUUAACAACAGACAUGGGCCAUCUGCUGAUCCACCACCUGUGUUUCCUGCUGGCCUGUCAGUGUCCUACAGUCAGUGGACUGUUUGAGUGGCUGAGGCAGACAGAGACACCACUGGCAGCAGCCGCACCACCUCCACCUGCAGCAGCUGAAGUCCCAGCACUUUUAGCAAGGGAUGCUCAAUUUGAGAUGGCCACUGCGGAUGAGAAGUUUUUAGCUGAGGCAAAAAAUAUGGAGAUAAGCCCAUUAGACAGCUGCAAUUAUAAGGUGGUUGCCCGGCUGAAGGCGAGCUGUGGCAGCCUCUCAGAGGAACAGCUCGCAAAACUUGGAGUUGUUCUGUUCAACUGCCAAUCAGAGAGUGAGGGGCGCCCAAUCUACCCGUGUACAGAGGAAAUGACAAUAAAAGAGUGCACAGCAGGCAUGGACCCAGACACUUGGAAUGCUUACCACAUAGUGAGCAACAGGGCACGCUCUGUCUGCUACGCAACUCGCCAGCAGCUCUUCAGACGCCGAGCAGAGCACACUGUCAACGCUCUCAUCUCCACAGCCACGAGCCAACUGGAUGCAAUGAAGGACCUGAAGGAGGGCCAGCUGGAGCUGAGGGAACUGACUGCAGCCUCCUUGGACAAGCUGCUGGACGGUCACAGUGCUCUGCAGGCCCAACAGGGGAAACUGUACGAAGGCCAGGGGCAGAUGGAGAGUUCACUGAGGGACAACCUGCAGCGUCUGAACCAGGAGAAAGCCCUCAUCGCUUCUGGACAGGAGCUGGUGGCUCAGCUCAUCAAGGGCAUCACACAAAGAAUGGAGAAUGUGAGUGAAAACCUGCAGAUCCAAGGCGCAGAGAUGCAGGACAGCCAUAAGGCGAUUGUUAAAGACCUUACAGACGUCCGACACCAAGCUCAGGACAUCUACCAAAAGAUUGACCACAGUAUGUUGGAGUUCCUGCAUUACCAGGACCAGACGUCGCAGUACUACACAGACCUGAUGAACAAACUGGAGCGCAUGAACAGCACGCUGGGACUGACGCUGCACUACCUUGAUAACAUGCAGAGCCGAAUCGAGGAAAAGCUCCACAUGAUCCAGGGCUACCUGGGCUGGGCAGGUUUGAGCCUGACAGCCAUGUGGACAUGUGUUGCGCACACAGGUUACUUUGUGGUGUGUGCUGUCCUGCUGACAUUCCUGCGUUGUCCAGGUUUCUCUCGAGCCUUGCUGCUGCUCACCGUGCCUCUUAACGCUGUAGCUGAGGUCAACCAGCAGCCUGCGUUGGAUCUCACUGGCCUCAGCCUGCUGCUGCUCUCUCUCUCUCUGGGCCACUGGUUUGUGAGUCAGUUGUGGGCCUGCUUCCAGAUCAGAGGAAUACCCGCCGCCCCGCUGCCUCUGGCCCCAUGUGAAAUUGUGGAGCCACAGAAGACGCCAGUUUCAUCCUGUCACUCUUACCCACCAUCCUCUACGCCACAGAAAGAGGAAAAGAACGGUUUCUUGGAGCAGGACGACCUGUUGAAUCAGGACAGCUUCAUAACAGGUGACUUUGGGGUAUCAGUUGUGUCUCCCCCUCACAGGAAGCCAGAGUCCAAGUUCAUGCCAUUUAUUGGCACACCCAAUCACUCGACUCCCAGGCUCAUAUCACAGCAAGUUCUGUCAGCGGCCCUGGCUGAUGACAUCCCCCCAAGGAACCUGGGUGGUGUCUUUGAUGCAGUGAAUGAAUCGCGGGAUUUGGUGAGCGACUCACGAAGUGCGAGUCCGACGCCAUCAUUAUACAGCAACAGCUCUCUAUCAGGCCGUCAGCUGUGCAACGGUAUCACGAAAACGGGGAAGGCCUGUAAGAAGAGAGCCGUGCCGGGACAGGAGUACUGUAGAGUCCACGAAGGAGGGCACACCUCUUAUGUUCACUCCUGAAAUCAUCAACUUUCCCUGUUUUAUUUUUCAUCAACUGAGUGCUCUCUCUUUGAAAAACUGUUAGCAUUUGUCUGUGUUGUCAUUGCGCCUGCUUUGCAUGAAUGUUACAUUUGCUAUAUGAGCUCUAGAUUUUUGUAGAUAUCUUUGUAUAUUUUUAUUGUCAUGUUUUUAACUGUUCAAUUUUAAGUUAAUAAAUUAUAUCUUUACCCUUUUAA